CUAGUUUGCAUCAUCGCAUUGGUUCAGUGGCAACGAUGGAGAUGUUCUGCAAUCUUCGACGCAGAAGAUGUCCUGAUAAUGACUGGUGUCUCAAAAUAUAUGAGCCGGAUCCUCUUCUUGAAGCAAGCAUUGAAUUCAAGAUCCUCUGCUGUUCUUGAGACUGAGGGCAAUAUGGUCCGACCAUCACCAAAACACGAUCAGGUUGAUGUGGAUUCUCAUAGUUUCUUGUUUCAUCUACUUCGAGAUUUAUUAGAAUUGGCUCUACACUGGAACAAAACCUGUUGUUCUCAUCGACAAUAUUUUGUGUUGUUGAAAGAUAUUGUACUUCUACUUCUUUGGCUCUUCAUUGCAGUUGCGUUGGUGAAUCUGAAAUUUCAUUAGCCUGCAAUUUCUAUCUUUCAGGCACCUAAAGGUAAAGGAGGUUGUUUCAAAAUGGAUCAGUCAAUGAUAGAUCAGUUGUCCAUGAAGGACAGGCAGAUAGUGCUGAGCCAGAUGAACGAUAUGCAAGUCGCCGAAAGCAUGAGCACGUACAAUCUACUUGUCUAUUAUAGAAAAAUGAUACACUUUCAUGCAUUAUGUUAACUGAUUUCGCGAAAUAGGUGGAUGUCUGCACUAGCAGUGGUGCUAUAACUUUUUGGCUAUCAGCCUUCAUUGAUUUGAUCAUCAUGGACUAGGUCCUAGAGCAAAUCUUUCUCUCUUUCUUCACGAUAAGGUACAACAACCUAGUCGAGAGGUGUUUCGGAGAAUGUGUGAACACCUUCAGGCAGAAGUCGCUAGAUGACGGUGAGGAGAACUGCGCAAAGAGGUGUGUCCAGAAAUUUAUGACCUAUUCACAAAGGGUAGCGCAAAGAUUCGCAGAAAAGAACGCACAAGUUGCUGGACAAAUGAAAUGAACUUUUUUGAGAAUAAUUCAUUGUCAAGAUGAAUUUUCCAAUCAUGUUAAUUUUUUGAAAAAAGUUUUGCGGCCCCCCAAACGCCGUUCGCGAAUGCAACUCCCACCUGUUGCGAAAAUAAUGUUCAUAUCAACGCACUCAUAAACGUUCUUAUACAUGGUUUAGCCGUCUUUUACAUGUUAUCAUGUUGUGUCCUCGUUGAUGAUGCGACACUGCGCGCGCACAAUUGGAGAAGGACGGCAUGUCGUGUCAGACGGGUUGAUUAUUCGGCAGAAAUCCGAAACGUUUCUUUAGCGACGCAAG